CACUCCCCCUCUGACUCAUAGCAGAGCCACCCCCCUCUCUUUAAAGUCGUUUUGUGCAUGUUGCAAGCCCUCUUAAACCCUAGCAUGUUGGGUUUCGAUUCGUGAACGAACAAAAGCUCUCAUUCCAGACCGGUGAACGACACGCUCUUGAAAGGAGAAAUUGUAUGAAUGGAUUCUCAGGCAACAACAAGAAGGAUCAAAGGUGGCCACCAUUGAUGUUGUUACCCAUUUGCAGUUUUGUGCAGGUACCUGAUUUCUCAUAGCUUCAAUCAUCGCGUAUUCUUCUAACAAUCAAAGUCUCAAUAUAAUGGAAUGAUUAUUAGGUAUGGACUUAAAAGAUGAUGCUGUUAAGGGCAUAGUCCCUUGGGAUGGGACUCUCUCUUCAUUUGAUUUUUCCCUUUCUGCUCAUACAUUUUCUGACAAGUGGAAAAGGUUCAAUCCUUCAUUUCCUGCUUGGCAGUGGAUCACAUGUCCAAAACAACAUCAUUUGGUUGCUUCUCAUAAGGUGGAAGGAUACUUAUCCCUGGAGAACAUGUGCCAUAUCAAAUCAAGUCAGUCAUUACAGGAACAAGAGAGUGAUAGAAGUCUCACAUGGAAAGAAGAGUCCAACAUCUCACAGAGAGAAGAGCCCUUUGAUAAAGCAACUUUAGUAUGUCCAGAGCAUGAAGUAAACCACUAUGAUUUUCAUAUUGUCUACAGUGCUUCAUAUAGAGUUCCAGUCUUGUACUUCCGUUCGUACCGUAGUGAUGGGCAACUUUUGCCGUUUAAUGAAAUUGAAAAGGACCUUCCUGGUCACUCUGCAAAGUUACGGUCAGAAUCCAAAUGGACAUUUAUAACUCACGAGGAACAUCCAUAUUUGAACAGGCCAUGGUACAAAUUACAUCCAUGUGGGACAAGUGACUGGAUGAAGCUUCUCUUUCAUAGUGACUCAUCUUUGAACAAAAAUGGUUUUGUUAUUGAACAGUAUUUGAUUUCCUGGUUCUCGGUCAUUGGACAAGUUGUUGGUCUUAAAAUUCCUUUGGAAAUGCUGGAUACUGUAGUUUCUAAUGAUUCUUAGACGCUUAUUCAUACUUACAGAAAAAUAAAAUAAAGAAAAAGAGGACAAGGAAAAAGUUUCUGCACGCCACAUUCAAUUACUGUUGCAGUUGUCAUAUUUUUUAUUGGCCUCUGUUAGUUGUUAACUGUGGUUGACAUUUGUAAGUAACAAUUUUGCUCAAGCAUUAAAUGAAACGGUAAAUAUAUAUUUUGA